CCUAAAAAAUAUCCUAACAAAUUACAUGUCCAUAUAGAAGCAGAAUGACCUCUAUUACCACCUAGUAACCACUUAGGACACCCGAGAAACUGCAAACCAAUGCAGAAAACCUUACCAGCUACAUAGGAACACCCUGGCAACCGCUCAAUAUGCCUGGCCACAAUGGCAGCAAGUUUAACACAGGCUGACAACAUUAACAGGUUCUUCAGAAUUUAUAAAAAUCUACUGAAUCUACUACAGUUGAUUUUGCAUCAAGUCAAAUCCAGUCACUCGGUGGCUGACUGUGUGGAAUCUGGAGGUGGAAGAAGCCGUGCAAGUCAGGUUUUCUCCCUAUGACUCACGCUCUCUUGUCUGCGUAGCGCAUCAGGGGAGGGUGAGGGAGACAGCGGGAUGCUGGCUUGAAACACAGGCACGGAUUGGACAGAAGAGUUUUAGGAGCCAGCCAAUAGCCUCUGGACUGUUCGUCGCCCGUGGUUACAGCCAUGUGAUUGGUCCAGGUGUUGCAGAGGGAGAGGGUAGCACUGAGUCCUUCGUUGAGAAGGCCUCGGUCAUGGUUAAAACGCUCCCUUUCCAUCCUCCCCCUCUUGUUGUAUUAAUGCAAAGAGCCAGAAAUGAACACUUGACUGGUUCCUGGUGUUUUUUCACCUCCCAAACUACAUUCACAGGUUUUCAUUGACUGCGACAUAAGCUUCAGUCUGGAAGAGGUUGAACAGGGAGAAUCAGAGAAAGAGGGGAUCACAUUUAUGGCCCUAAAAUGCCUACUGCAGACAUUUUCUUUGUGCUUAUUCAUGUAGCUGUGACUUUUAUUCAAAGCAGCUUACAGAGCGUUUAAUGCAGAUUUCUCAGCUCCGGCCCUCAAGGUCCACUGUCCUGCAGAGUUAACCUUCAUCAAACUCACCUGUCUAUAAUAACCUUGAUUUGCUGGUUGUUUAGGGUUGAAGCUAAACUCUGCAGGACAGUAGACCUCGAGGAACAGAGUUCAGAAACCAUGGGAACUGAUCCCACAAUCUUGUCAUUACUAGCACCAUGCUUGACCAGUUGUUGAGCUAUGCGAACAAUUAAUACAGUAUAUAACUCUAUGUCACUUUAUACAAUAGUAAAUGCAUACAUCCCAAUAUAAAGUCGAAUCCGUUUUCUUUAAAUUAAAUAUUAGUAACUUUUUCCAUUAUACAGUAGAUAAAUUAUUCCAUAGAUAUUUUAAUUUUAAUUUAAAGACAUUUUCUCACAUACUUGAGAAAAUAGCGCAGAUCCAUGAAUGAAUGUUUAAAAUAAAAUUAAAUUGAAUUAAAGAGUAAUAAAUGUCAACCGUGCACAGUUUUCUAGGCGCACAGCUGCAUACACAUGAAGCACGCACAUUUGUUUCAGACAGCGCGCGAACACCGAAUUGAAUCCUCUGAACAGACACAUACACAUAAAAUUAAGUCAAAAUACCCGUCUCGACAAUUAUUCAGGUAAACACAGUUAUGUCUCAAGUAAAUGAAAAUAGCUGAGAAAGAAAUGGGAUAUGUGAUGUGUAUCAUUAUAUCAGAUCCGUACAUCAGGGACAGUGGCCUAUACAUACUGCUGCUUUCAUUAAUGACCAUCAAACAACAAAACAGUUCUCUUGUCUCUUUAAUUAUGUAAACUUUCUUAGUUAAUCUAGUAGUAUUUACUGUGGUAUCAAAGAAGUACUUCGCUUUAAGUAAUAAAUGGAAACCAAGUUAAACUGAAUAAUUGUUCUUUUCUUGCUGAUCCAAAAAAAGUAUCUGAUCCAUGGGUCAAAAACUGUAAUAUAAUUUGAACAGUGAGAUCAUCCGUGACCACUGAACAAGUAUAUUAUGCACAAAAAAUAUUGGCCGAUAUAUCGUUAUCGAUAUUUUUUUACUCCCUAAUAUCGUAUCCGUAUCGGCCUCAAAAAAAAUAAAUUAAAAAAAAUCUAGUAAAUACUGUUAUUACGCAACCCUGUUUAAGUACCAUGCUACAGUAGUUUCAUACCAGAAUCAACACCAGAAUCAUACAUAUAUCACCAAAUCACAAAAUUUGAUGUACAGUAUUUUCUCUUCCAAAUUGGAAGUUCACAUAAUAUAACUCAUCUUAACACAUGUGAAAUCCCCUUAUCCAUUUAAGUUGGCAAUUUUACUCUGUAUGAAGUCUUUUGUCGACACAUUAAGUAGAAUUUCUCUUCUAGUCAGUGUGCAAUCGUAGACCAGCCUGGACUUUCUCGUGCAAAUAUGCUGCGUUUUAAUGCAUUUUUAACAUGGCCCAGGGCUGCUCUGGGAAUGCCAGGAGUGGGACAGGAAUGCACAACUCACAGAUUCCACAGAAAUCAUAUAAAAGGCCAGUUCAAGUCUGCUGAAGAAAAGAGAGAUAGUUGUGUCAGGAAUGGGGGGGUCAAUGCUGUGACAAUCCUGGCUUUGAGCGGCAGAGAAUGGGCUGUGUGUCUUUGGCUGGUACUGGGGUACCAGGCGCUGCUGCUCUGUGGACAAAAGCCACAAUGUAACUGUGGCGGGGAGUGUGAGGGGCUGGAAUGAGAAGCUUCUGGAACGCUGCAGAGGAGGAGAACAGUUUAGUGGAUUAAUACAGGGAUGGGUCUGUGAGGCGCACACACGCACACUGUGAGACCUGCUGGUAGCGCAGGAGGAGGUGUGUGGGGGGCUCGUGUUAAUGACAGAGGUCUUUCUGCUGCUCACAGUGCUUUAUUUGUUUACAAUUGCCCCAUAGUCUUGCUGAGACAGACAGAGGGAAGGGGGCAGAGGAGCGAGGGUUAUUAUGUGCUCAUGGCAUUGCUUGAGUGAGCAGACGCAUUUGGCAUGUGCCGAGCUGUGCUGCGGACAGACGUCCAGAUCCUGUUGGGACACUUGGCACUUUAAACACCGAUCUCAGCAGAAGCCCCUUGGUUUCCCGCAGCUUCAAGUUGAGUUGGCUCCAGCUGUGAGCUCCAGCGGUGUGUAUUAUGGGAAUGUUGUGGGAUGCAGUAUCUCAGCGCGAGGAGAUGCGCUCUGUCUCUGGGAAGGUAGACAGACAGGGCUGCUUUCUCAGCUGUCCGAGGGCUUGGAGGGUUAAACCCCUGGCGUGUGAAUGGAAACAUGGAGAACCGGAGAAGAACGGCACCUUCAUUAUAUGGUUAAUUGCCAGACAAAGAAAGCCACUCUUCGUCCUUAUAUUCAACAUCCAAGCUUAUCUGAAGAAUCAUGAUGGUUCAAGUUCAGCAGCUGAAGUCUACAGAUCUUGGACGCCACAGCCUCCUCUACAUCAAAGAAAUGGGACAGGGAUGGUUUGGCAAGGUUUUGCUGGGCGAGGUGAAUGCUGGACUCAGUACCACACAGGUGGUGGUCAAGGAGCUAAAGGCCAGUGCCAGUGUACAGGAGCAGAUGCACUUCCUGGAAGAGGUCCAGCCUUACUGGGUGCUCCAGCAUCCAGCCCUCCUGCAGUGUCUGUCCCAGUGUUCAGAAGUCACACCCUACCUGCUGGUUAUGGAGCACUGCCCGCUGGGAGAUGUUAAAGGAUACCUCCGUAGCUGUCGGGCAGCAGACUCAAUGACCCCUGACCCUUUGAUUCUUCAGCGGAUGGCAUGCGAGAUUGCUUCUGGUCUUCUAUAUCUUCACAAACACAAUUACAUUCACAGUGACCUGGCCCUAAGGAACUGCCUGUUGACUUCAGAGCUGGCAGUUAAAAUUGGAGACUAUGGCCUCAGCCACAGCAAAUACAAGGAUGACUAUUAUGUGACAGCAGAUCAAAUAUGGGUUCCUCUACGCUGGAUUGCCCCAGAACUUAUUGAUGAAGUCCAUGGCAAUCUCUUAGUAGUGGACCAAACCAAGUCCAGCAACGUCUGGUCACUUGGUGUGACGAUAUGGGAGUUGUUUGAACUGGGUAACCAACCUUACAGGCACUAUACUGAUAGGCAGGUUUUAACAUAUGCUGUAAAGGAACAGCAGCUCAAACUGCCAAAGCCCCUGCUGAAAGUGCCUCUGUGUGAACGCUGGUAUGAGAUAUUGCAGUUCUGUUGGCUGCAACCCGAGCAGAGGCCUGUUGUGGAGGAAGUCCAUCUCCUGCUAAGCUACCUGUGUGCUAAGGGUGCAACUGAUGCUGAGGAGGACUUUGAGAAGCGCUGGAACUCUCUCAGGCCAAGUCUGGGCUCCAGCAGCUCUCACAGGACUCCUGCACCUGAAGUAGCCUCUUCUACUUCUUCUUCAUUUCCUCUACUUGAACACUUCUCUAUGGCAGACAGCUUCCAGUCUGAGAAUGGGGAUGAUAUAUUGACAGUAACUGAGACCAGCCAGGGGUUCAACUUUGAGUAUAAAUGGGAGCAGGCACGAGCGGAGCAGCCCUACUGCUCCUCUUCAGCUAGUGGACCACUGGGAAAGAAUAAUCCCCAUUACCAGGAUGUGUAUUACCCUCUUAGCAAUUCCAUGGGUAGCUGCAAGGGUGAGAGCCUUCCUCUUGGGGUUUCUCCAUCCUACUAUGAGUCAGACCAUCCAGGUGUGGUUCCAGUGCUAAGUGCACACAGCCCCUCAGUAAGUAGUGAGUACUACAUCCGCAUUGAGGAGCCAGUUGAAUGCAACAUCAACUUAGAAGACACCAAUCUUGAUUACAGCCCAACACCUGAAGCCAGCAACAAUAGCUUGUCCUCCGCAGGCAGGAGGAGCCCCAUUGGGUCUCAGCCAAACUCCUACUGGUCAGCAGCUAAAGAACCCAACAGUAAUGAUUAUGAUUCAGAUAGUAGCCUAACCAUUGAGCCACUCCAAAGAAGAGUUCCAACCUCGGUAGAGAUAAACCAAUCAGAAGUCUAUUUUUCUUCCAGUGACGGGCACAAUUUACAGUGUGAACAAUCACCUCAAGCAGGGCCAGCUGUUCAUUUGAUAAGAGGGCAUGGUUCAGAUUCUUAUCAGCAGAGAAGAGGGUCAGGAAGCCUCUGCCAUAGACUCGAGGAGGUAAAGGAAAGCCCACUUGGAGUUUCAGUCUCUCUUAGCAGUCCCAGCUUGGCACAUUGUGACCCAUACCUUGAGUCUAACCAGAGAACUGUAGAAAGAAGUAUGGCCAAUAAGGCCUAUUAUGACAUGAUGGGCCCCUUAGAAAAGAGCGUGCCAAAACCCCACUACAUGAGCAUUGAUAUUGAUGCCGGUGAUGGCCUUCUUUUGGGCAGGGGGAGUGCUGAUUCGGAAGAUGAUGAAGAUCUGUUUUCUCAGAACAUGUUAACUAAUUGGAACUCCAACCACUCAGCAAACAACAACAGUUUAAGCGAUCGUUCUCAAGCUGUGGGUUUUCGAGAUGCAUACCUUGAUUUACGUCACCCAACACCUUCUUCUCAAGUUGGGAAUUUGAAAUCAAGAGCGUUGGAGACAAGCAACAGUUGCACAUAUAAUUCCAUCGAUUCUCUCAAAGACCACUCAUACAUGGAAACUAUGGAUAGUAUGCCCACUGCUAGUAAACCUCAUGCUGACUCAGAGGGUGGUGAAUACCUACAUUUAAGCCCUGAAAGUACUCAGGAUGUUGAAUCAUCUUCCAAAUGUCAUUCUGUCACAGAAAGUCAGCCUAUUCAUAUGCAGCAGAAGAACAUUGCUCAUAAACAUAUCAAAAACAACACAUCAGACUUUCAUGUAGGAGGUUGCGGCAGAGUGAAUCCAUCAACUCUUCCAUCAGAGCUUGUAUUGACUAAAGAAAACGUGUUGCUUGAGACAAGGAUAUCCCCUGCACAGAAACUGAAACUUAGGGCAGACGGUUCUGCUGAAGUUUGUGUAAAAAUCGUGUCAUGCCCUAUGGAUCUAUCUAAAACAGUUUUAGAGUGUAGCCAUUUGACAGACAGUAGAAUGGUGCCCAACAACUCCAGGAUCAGUCUAGUGGAAAUUAAUGACUGCAGCGAUGACCGCAUGGACAUACCCUCUGGAGUUUUAGCAGGUAAUACCUUGGAGUAUGCAGAGGUGGGCAAUAUUGACCUAACUCAUAGAACACUGCGGAGUGAGACUGGGUCCAGACACUGUGAGGACACAAUUAAUCUUGCCUCUAGCAGCAGUCCAUGUGAGGCCUUCAGCCCUGAUAGUUACCACAUGUCCAUUCAGCCGAAAUCCUUAGACAGUGGUUAUGACACAGAGAAUAAUGAAUCCCCAGAGUUUAUCUUUAAAGACUUUGAAGGGAAUCCAGCCCUUAGCACUAGUGUAGAAUCAGAUGAAUGUGACAUGUUGCUCAAUAUGGACCUAGAUGAAGAUGUUAAUGUAAUGCUCCUGCAUCCAUCUAGCAGUCAUGUACCGCUGUUCAGCCUUGGUGAGAGGAAUCAGUACAGAGACUCUGCUUAUUUUUCUGACUAUGACAUGGAGAAUGACAAGAGCCCCAGUGAAGGGGUCCAAAUGUUCUUCAAUCGCCAAGAUGAGGAUGAUGCUUUUGAUCUCAAAGCCGAAAAAGAGGGCUCAGAAAAGACAUUUGGGAGAGAAGGUCGUAGCAUGGAGAGUGAGAAGAGAAAUGGCAUAUCUGUGACAAGGGACAACAACAGUGCUGCCCUUAAUGCUAAACAGUUGUGUCUUAAAAAGUCAAACCCAAAUCUCGGUCCAUCACCUGCAUCAGUUCCAAUGAUAUCAAUGCUUUCGCCCUUUCCUCCAGAGAUGGGGGGUUGCUUGACCAAGGAGUCAACUCCAGAUGAUGGUAUUGGGCUGGAAUCUGAUCACUCUGGAGAGGAACCAAAUUCUGAAUGUUACUCGUCCACAGUGUCUGAAGGCUCUUCCUCAACACAGGAGGCCUCAGGUCUGGAGGAGCAGUUUAAUGGAGACACCGGAGACUUCUCCUCAGCAGAGUCAUUAGGCUCAGACUCUACCAUAAUAGAAUUCAGUGGGGAGAUAAUCCAAGCAGAGGAGCAAGAAGCCAGUAACAAAGUGGACAAUCCGGAGCUUCCAAGGGAAGAAAACAAUGUGGAAAUGGAAGAUUCAGCAGAGAGAGGUGCCAUAGGUUCAGCACUUUCAAAACCAAAGCGUGAUGAAUCUUUGGAGAAUAUUCUUCCAGCCUUGCCAGAAGACCUAGAUGUUCCAGCUCCACUAGGGAAUGGAGAGGAAGCAGAUGAAGAGGAUUCAGAGGAUAGUGAUGAGUCUGAUGAAGUACUUUGUAGCUACAACAUACAGGAGCAGAGUGAUGAAAGCGAUGAAGAGUUCCCUGUGGUGCCAGUCGUUGUGAGCGAUCGCAGCAGUGCACGGCAUCUACGCAGCCUCCUCAAAAUGCCCUCCUUACUAACACAGUCCUUCUGCGAUGAGCUGGAGAGCAAGAAAAAAGCAGUGUCAUUCUUUGAUGAUGUCACCGUGUUUCUGUUUGAUCAGGAGAGCCCCACAGGUGAGCUUGGGGACUAUAGUUUUCCUGUGGAUGAAGAACCCACUGGCCAGGCUUCAGAGGUGGAGCUGCCACGACCCCAAAAUAGGGUCACUACCCCUGAGGAAUCACCAGGACAGAAUGUCUCAGAAGAAAGUGGGUCAUUUCAGUGGCAAGAUGAUUUUCCAUUGAUUCAAAGCCCUUCAACAUCAGAACCUGGUUCUGAAGAGAUCGCCACACCACCCAACUCUCCCGUCACGUCUCCAGAUGAAAAACCAGCACCACCGAUUUCCAGAUUUAGUGUCUCUCGUUUUUCCAUUACGCAUGUGUCUGACUCUGACAUGGACUCCAUUGGAGGUAACAAUGAGAAUGGGGUCCAGGAGUGAAAGGGUCAAUACCCAUUUAAUUGAAGAGGUGUUUAGAACCCAUAUGGUUUGAUUUGGUCUCAUCAGACUGGGGGCUUUCCUGUAUCGCUAUAUAUUUUUGCUCUUUUAAAUGUGCUGGACAAAAGGGUCCUGUCAACCUGAUAUGCUGUUUGGACACAGUGCCUCAUAUUGUAGUGGAUUAGCCAGCCCUUCCCUUUGUGUUUCUAGACAGAUGUUGGUUAAGUGACAGAUUUUGGAGGACAACAGUUUUAAAAACAGAAGGAAUGAUCUGUAUAAAAACAUAUUUAUUAUCUAUGUAUUAGAACAUGAGGUAAGACGAUUAUAACUUAUUUGCACAAUUCAGUAUCAGUAUCAUGCUGAAAUCAUCUCUUUUAUUUCAUUUUACACAUACAAUAUAGAUGCAAGGCUGCUCUCCUCGUUUGCUUGUCAUGUCAAUAUGUGGUUUACAGUCUGAAAGAUCUGUCAUAGUGCUUUAAAUUUUUCAGUUUGACCCAAUGAGCUGCAUAAAAUAGUUUCAAGAUGUUCUGCCCCAUAAAAGAAAGACCCACAUUUAUUAUUGAGGGUGCAAAGAAAUAUAUACAUUGAACCCCUCAAUACAAGCUGCAAAAAUGUGAUGUUUUCUAUAUUUGACCACUUUUAACUUAACUUUAGCUCAGGGGUGUUAAGGGUAUGGUACAAAAGUAGAUAUAUUAACAAUAUAAACCAUCACACUUAAAUUCCUCAUACAGUCUUAAACAGUGUUUUGCUUUAUUUUUAAUGCCGAAGAACUUUUACAACUACCUGCACUUUCAUUAAUGACUUAGGAUAUCUUUAUACAUCUCUUAUCCCAUAAUCAAGUACUUAAUCAAAAUCAAGAUCUAAUGUAUAUCUUAUUAAAAGUGCAGUUUAAUCACUAACUCUUAACACUUCUUCUCUGGUUAGAUUUUUAAACCCCUAGACCAAAAUAUACAACAUAUUUUAUGGAUGACAGUGAUAUAUUACAGUAUUUUUUUUUUUUUGCUGAGAAGCAAUAACAGUAUUGCAAGAGAACAGAUAACAGACAAACUAUUUUUGCUUCAAGUAUUAUGGUAGCAUGCAUAUAUAUGGUAGCUCACAUAUGGGUCAUUCCUGUUAUGCAGCAAUUCAAACUUUCAGAAAUACAAGGCACUUUAACACUUUAAAAAAAGUUCACGUGCUACAUUCUGUGUGCUCUGAGGUCAGUAGCUUUAUGUGAGAAAUAUAAGACUUUAAGUUGUUAUUUAAAAAGAUACAUCCAAACUUUGGCAUAAAUGCCUUUUGACUGCAACUAUUGAAUGUUUACACGAGUGCAAGGUUUCACUGUUAUGUUUAUAAUUAUCAAGCCAUUAUAACAACAAAUUAAAAAUUCAGUCUGUUCUUCACAUAAAGCUACUGUAUCACUUCGCAUGGAUUUAAAUAAGCUACAUUUAUGAUUAUAUCUAUGGUGCUUUGCCAUAUUUGGAGCGGUAGCUCAGACAUUCAGUUCUUUGUGUUCCAAAACUUGAAUUUAAUAUAUCAUCCAGUAUAUGAUAGGGGCAUGAAAAUAAGAGGAAGUAUAAGAGGAAUGACCCUGAUGGUACUGAUGGUGAUAAGUUUAUUGGUGCUUGUCAGGAUCAGAACUUAAGCAAGUCCAUCACAGCAAUCAGUCUCGGGCAUGAAUAACUUUUGCUUUGAAUCCGAGAGCUACAGAAAUAUGGGUUAUCAAAGUCACAGGUGUGUAGUUCACAAUUGUGGUACUCAAAGACGCAGAAACAAGCUAAAGAGAGAAGAGGGACCAUAUCGUCUGUGAACAAAAUGUGUUCCAAACAACAACGGCAGCUCCUGCAGAUCUGAUCCUCCGUCUGUGAUGAUGCCUUGUCUCAGAAGUGUUAUUUUUGUUAAAUCCAAUAACAAAUAGAUGUUCAAAAUUAUACUACAGAACAAUUCAGAUGGUCCAGACUGCAUGUGGGCUACAUGUGUUUCUACAAGUUUCUCUCAGUAUAUUUGGUCUUUUGUCCCUAUAUGAUCUGAGGUGUAACAGAGAAAAGUUAUGACCUGUUUUACACGAUGAUCUGUUUAAAUGUAACGUACAGCUGUACCUGUCAUGUUCUGCCUUGAAUCACUGGAGCCCAUACACAUUUGUGCCAAUGCUGUAAGUCACAAUCACUGCACUUGUACCCUCGCUUUCUCGCUGUAUGCCUUUCAAGAGUUUUAUACUGUGCUAAUAAACCUUGCGGCAGUAGCUACUUUUUCUCAUUCAGAACAUCAGUGCUUCAUUCGGCUGGUUGUGGUUGCCAAAGAAAAGUCAAAUGAAAGUGAACUAAAUGUUGCGUUGAAGGGAAAAGUCUGUUGUUACUGCCUCGUAGCUGUCGAACCGUAUGUCCUCACGACUCAUGCCUACUGUACUAUUCUAAAAAUAAACCAAACUAUAGUUUG